AUGUUUGCUUCACAAUCCCACCCUAGUUUGUCGCCUCAAAAGUCUAGCAACUCGGUGAACACUACCACGCAAAACUACCAUGAUUCGAGACAGCGUCAGUCGAAGCGGGAUGAUGCCAUCAGGAGGAGAAUUGAGCACGACUUGAACAAGAGAAAGAAAAACGGCAGCAAGAUCAUGAGACACAAGAAGGCAAUCCCCGGCACCGUCUUGUCGUUGAAGCCAUCCAACCCAAUCAUAUGCAAGACUUCGGCUUCCGUAUACGAAGCAUCGCAGUUGAUGAGCGCAAAGAGAGAAAAUUGCGUCUUGGUGGUCAACGACGCGGGUGAGUUGUUGGGGAUUUUCACCGCGAAAGACUUGGCUUUUAGAAUAGUCGGGUCGGGGCUCAAUGCCAAUUCGGUCACCAUUGACCAGAUCAUGACCCCAAACCCCAUUUGCGCCACCGCAAAUAACCCAGCUUCGGAAGCCUUGACGUUGAUGGUGGAAAAGGGGUUUAGACAUUUGCCCGUCUUGGAUGAAGAUCACCAGAUUGUAGGUGUCUUGGACAUCACCAAGUGCUACGCGCAGCAAAUGGAGAAGCUCGAAAGAAUGCACGCGAGCUCCAAGAAAUUGUACGAAGCGUUGGAUGACGUGCACUGCGAAAUGGGCAUGAAGGAUCAACCGCAACAGAUUUUCCAGUAUUUCGAGUCGUUGAAGAACAAGAUGAACGGGCCAACGUUGGAAUCGGUGUUGGAUCACACGACACAUCCCAUAUACACCACAGUCAAGUCCUCCGUUUACGAUGCAACAGUGUUGAUGAAGGAAAACCGCACCACGGCUGUUUUGGUCAAGGAUACAAAUGAGGAAGUUGCUGGCAUCUUCACUUCCAAAGAUGUCGUGUUGCGGGUUAUUGCAGCUGGCUUAGACCCGACAAAAUGUUCGAUUGUGCGAGUGAUGACCCCGCAACCCGACGUUGCCGAUGUCCAUUUGCCAAUACAGCAGGCCUUGAGACAGAUGUUUGAAGGACACUACUUGAACUUGCCCAUUGUCAGCGAAGGAGACGAUAUCAUUGGAAUAGUGGACGUGUUGAAGUUGACGUAUGCCACAUUGAAUCAAAUCAAGCAAUUGGAAGACCAAGAAGUUUCUCACCGGUCGUCUCUGGACGGCCCUGCAGAACCGCCUUCGGGUCCUGCAUGGAACAAGUUCUGGACCUCUUUGGGCAACGAUGAUUCCGAGUCUGCCCACUCGUCGUUCAUGGACGAUUACGGCGGCGCCCCAGAGAUCACGCAGUCGGAGUUUCAAUCCUUCAACGUGGACAUCAAGCCCUCGGACUCUGUGUCCCAUGUCGAGUCGACACCAACUAGAGGCUCUAUCUCGGGCUUACCUGGGCUGAGCAGCUUGAAUACCAUAGGUGCAACUCCAUUUAUUUUCAAAUUCAAGUCUCCCGCCAUCGCGGGAAGAGUACACCGUAUAACCUUGUCCGCCAAUGAUGGUGUCACGAAAUUGAGAAAAUUGAUUGACGCAAAACUACACGAUAAGGACUACAUUAAGUUGAAUGUGCCCAAGCCAGCUGUUGUAGCUGCUGCUGCUGCUGCAGAUGCAGAAGCUUCUGGUGCGGAAGCAGCAGAUUCCACCGUGAUUUCAGAGCAAUAUGCUAUCAGUUAUGUCGAUGACGAAGGCGACGUCGUCUCCAUCACCACGGAUAACGACUUGAUUGAAUGCAUUCGAAUCAAUCUCAAAUUGAACAACGAGAAAGCUGAUUUGUACAUACACAACCCUCACGAACAUGCACCUAUUGAAGACAUCAAACAGAUCACCACAAACAAUAACGACUCGAGUCAAAUCGUCCCGGGGGUCGCCAAUGAAGUGUUGAUUACAGGUGCAUUAGCGGUGUUGGCAUCGGCCGUAAUCAUUGGGUUCACCUUGAGUAGGAAGUAG